AUGGAAAAGGAAUCUUUCAUGUCUGCUGAGGUUGCUGCUAUACUUAAUAAAUCCUUCAUUCCAAUCAAGCUGGACCGGGAAGAACGACCGGAUAUUGACGAUGUGUACAUGAAUUACGUCCAGGCUACCACCGGGUCCGGAGGCUGGCCUCUGAACGUCUUUCUUACUCCAGAUCUCGAGCCAGUCUUUGGAGGUACUUACUGGCCUGGACCGAAUGCAACCCCGCUGCCGAAGUUGGGUGGUGAAGACCCGGUUGGGUUCAUUGAUGUCCUUGAGAAACUGAGGGAUGUCUGGAACACCCAACAGCUACGGUGCCGGGAGAGCGCAAAGGAGAUUACCCGGCAAUUGCGUGAAUUUGCAGAAGAAGGCAUUCAUUUGUCCCAGGUUAACAAGAGUGAGCAAGAGGAAGACCUGGAAGUUGACUUGCUGGAGGAAGCCUUCACGCACUUUGCAGCUCGUUAUGAUGCUACCAAUGGUGGCUUUUCCGGGUCUCCCAAGUUCCCCACACCAGUCAAUCUGUCGUUUCUACUUCGCUUGUCGAGAUAUCCAGAAGAAGUGAUGGAUAUAGUUGGCCGUGAAGAGUGCGCCAAAGCCACAGAGAUGGCAGUAAAUACUAUGAUCAAGGUGGCGCGGGGAGGCAUUCGAGACCAAAUUGGCUACGGCUUCUCGCGGUAUAGCGUCACUCCGGACUGGAGUCUGCCGCACUUUGAGAAAAUGUUAUAUGACCAGGCGCAGCUACUCGAUGUGUUUAUUGACGGCUUUGAAGCUAGCCAUGAGCCUGAGCUCCUCGGCGCCAUCUACGACCUAGUCACGUAUAUUACAAGUCCUCCAAUCUUAUCUCCGAAGGGAUGUUUCUACUCGUCAGAAGAUGCGGACAGCCAGCCUAGCCCCGAGGAUACCGAGAAGCGAGAAGGAGCCUACUAUGUAUGGACGCUGAAGGAAUUGAAACAGAUACUGGGCCAGCGUGAUGCCGACGUCUGUGCACGGCACUGGGGGGUUCUGCCAGACGGAAAUGUGGCGCGAGUGAACGACCCCCACGAUGAGUUCAUGAACAGAAACGUUCUAAGGAUUGCGACGACUCCCGCCCAAGUUGCAAAGGAGUUUGGACUGAACGAGGAAGAAACGAUACGGAUCCUAAAGACGUCCAGGGUGAAACUCCGAGAGUAUCGAGAAACGAAACGGGUAAGGCCCGAACUAGACGACAAGAUCAUUGUUGCCUGGAAUGGGCUCGUGAUCGGUGCGCUCGCGAAGUGUGCCAUACUGCUGGAAGAUAUUGAUGCUGAAAAGUCAAAGCACUGCAGGCUGAUGGCUGGCAACGCUGUCAAGUUCAUCAAGGAGAACUUGUUUGAUGCCGAGUCUGGCCAGCUCUGGCGAAUCUACCGUGCUGAUUCCCGCGGGGACACGCCUGGAUUUGCCGACGACUAUGCCUACCUCAUAUCCGGCUUACUCCAGCUCUACGAAGCGACAUUUGAUGAUGCGCAUUUACAGUAUGCGGAUAAAUUGCAACAGUAUCUUAACAAGUAUUUCAUAUCCGUGUCAGCGAGUGACAGUAGCAUCUGCACGGGCUUUUACAUGACCCCCUCUGAGGCGGUGACGGACACGCCCGGCGCCUUGUUCCGUCUCAAGACAGGAACCGACUCUGCCACCCCGUCUACCAACGGUGUGAUCGCGCAAAACCUGCUGCGACUGUCCUCGUUACUGGAGGACGAGUCCUACAAGCUCAAGGCCAGGCAAACAUGCCACGCCUUUGCGGUAGAGAUCAUGCAGCAUCCCUUCCUCUUCGUCGGCAUGUUGGAUGUCAUUGUCGGCCUGGAGAUAGGAACGAAGAGCGUAACGGGCGUUCUGGGGCGAGCAGCCGCGACGGGAGAUGACAGUGCAAAAGCGGAGAGUGAUCUGAUACACAAGAUUCGUGCUGAAGCAGGUCGUACUGCUUCGACUAGCGCCGCGGUUCUCUCCAUGGUCGAUGUUCGUCAGUCACAGACGGACACGUCCGGUUGGCUUCGCGAGCGAAACCCGCUGCUCACGGAACUUGCGUCUGGAAAGGACUAUAUGCUCAUCUGCGAGGCGGGAUCCUGUCGAACGGUCGAUGUAGUCUAG